ACACACUUUUUACCUACCCUCUCUAUUGGAGAUGCAUCAAAUCUCCAAUUAAAGUGUAGUGCUUCAAAUACACCUCAAAUUGGGGUUUUUUCCGGUUCUGCUACACCUAAUUAACCUAUCCGAGUCCCUGUUGUCCGUCCAAAUGCCAUACAAUUGAGACCUUGCAAAAGAGUGUAGCAGCGGCCAGAGAGAAUGGCCACCGCCACAUUCCGGUUGCCGACGGCGUCAUUGCUUCCGCGCUCUCAUUCCUCUUCUGCUCCUCUCAAGCAGCGACGUAGUUCUAGAGCCGUGUGCUCAGUCAGCCGUAGAAGCAGUGCCGAAAUCCCCUUCCCUCCGGUCAACCCUGGAGACCCCUUCCUGAUGAAGCUGGCUUCUGCCGUUGCUAGAAACCCGGAAGCCGUCCUUAAUCGGACUGUGAACUCUGAUGUGCCUCCGUAUUUGGACAUCUACGACUCCCCUAAACUCAUGGCCACUCCUGCGCAGGUGGAGAGGUCAGGAUCAUACAGAAAUUCUAGGUCACGUGAACCUCCUCCAGAUUUACCAUCAUUGUUGCUCGAGGGUAGAAUAGUAUAUAUUGGGAUGCCAUUGGUGUCUGCAGUCACAGAGCUUGUACUGGCACAGUUGAUGUACCUGCAAUAUAUGGACCCUGAGCAGCCAAUUUAUCUUUACAUCAACUCUACCGGGACAAUCCGCGAUGAUGGAGAGAUCGUUGCUUUGGAAUAUGAAGGUUUUGCAAUUUAUGAUGCUAUGAUGCAAAUUAAAAACAAAUCCUACCUCUUUGAUAUGCAGAUUCAUACUGUUGGAGUUGGUGCUGCCAUAGGCCAGGCCUGCCUCUUGCUUGCUGCUGGAACUAAAGGGAAAAGGUUUAUGCUGCCACAUGCAAAAGCUAUGAUUCAACAGCCUCGUGUACCUUCAACUGGGUUGCUGCCUGCUAGUGAUGUUAUAAUUCGUGCUAGAGAGGCAUUACUACAAAGAGAUCUCCUUGUCGAACUUUUGGCCAAGCACACUGGAAAUCCAGUAGAGGUUGUGGCUAAUAAGAUGAAAAGAUCAUUUUACAUGGAUCCUACAAGAGCAAUAGAAUUUGGCGUUGCUGACAAGAUCGUUCGACGUGGUGAGGAGACUAUUAUAUCCCCCUCAAAGGAUUCGGAGAAUAAUCCUAGGUAUUAGAUCCGAUGAUGCUUAUAAGUAAUUCCAAGAAACAGUUAAAUGGUAAUUGCCAUUUUUGUGUGUUUUUUCCAUUGGCCAUGUUUUCUUGCAUGGUAGUGUAGAUCUUAAGUACCCAAGUUUGUAUUUGGUCAUAGCUUUUGCUGGUAUAUGUAUAUUACAGUAUUGUUAAGAUGAGAACCAUAUUGCAUGCCUUAGUUUGUACUCUCUAUCUCUUCCUGUCCGGAUUUAGUUCACUUU